CUCCGCCGCCCGCCCACAAACGCGCUGGAAGAAGAUUGUCCCAUUUCGCGAUCCGGCCCUCACGCCGUUGCUAGGCGACGACAGCAGGUCUUUUCCUAUCUGAUUGGAGGUCAGAUGAGGCGUGGUUUUUUUUUUUUAAACUGGCAUUGCGCAUGUGUGCGGCCUACGAUGGAGGAGUCGGAACCGGAGCGGAAGCGGGCUCGCGCGGACGAGGCGACCGCGGGAGGGAGCCGCUCUGAGGACGAAGAUGAGGACGACGAGGACUACGUGCCCUAUGUGCCAUUGCGGCAGCGCCGGCAGCUACUGCUCCAGAAGCUGCUGCAGCGAAGACGCAAGGGAGCUACAGAGGAAGAGCAGCAGGACAGUGGCAGUGAACCCCGAGGAGAUGAGGACGACAUCCCUCUGGGCCCUCAGUCCAAUGUCAGCCUCCUGGAUCAGCACCAGCACCUCAAAGAGAAGGCUGAAGCACGCAAGGAGUCAGCCAAGGAAAAGCAACUGAAGGAAGAAGAAAAGAUUCUGGAGAGUGUGGCUGAAGGCCGAGCCUUGAUGUCAGUGAAGGAAAUGGCCAAAGGCAUCACCUAUGAUGAUCCAAUCAAAACUAGUUGGACACCCCCACGUUAUGUCCUGAGCAUGUCUGAAGAGCGACACGAACGCGUGCGGAAGAAGUACCACAUCCUGGUGGAAGGAGAUGGUAUCCCACCACCCAUCAAGAGCUUCAAGGAAAUGAAGUUUCCUGCAGCUAUCCUUCGAGGCCUGAAAAAAAAAGGCAUCCUCCACCCAACACCCAUUCAAAUCCAGGGCAUCCCUACUAUUCUGUCGGGUCGGGACAUGAUCGGCAUUGCCUUCACGGGGUCAGGCAAGACACUGGUGUUCACACUGCCUGUCAUCAUGUUCUGCCUGGAACAAGAGAAGCGGUUGCCUUUCUCCAAGCGGGAAGGGCCAUACGGACUCAUCAUCUGCCCCUCGCGAGAGCUGGCUCGUCAGACCCACGGCAUCCUGGAGUAUUACUGCCGUCUGCUGCAGGAAGACAGCUCGCCCCUCCUGCGCUGUGCGCUCUGCAUCGGGGGCAUGUCAGUGAAGGAGCAGAUGGAGACCAUCCGACAUGGUGUUCACAUGAUGGUAGCCACCCCUGGACGCCUCAUGGAUUUGCUGCAGAAGAAAAUGGUCAGCCUAGACAUCUGCCGCUACCUGGCCCUGGAUGAAGCCGACCGCAUGAUCGACAUGGGCUUUGAGGGUGACAUCCGUACCAUCUUCUCCUACUUCAAGGGCCAGCGGCAGACCCUGCUCUUCAGUGCCACCAUGCCGAAGAAGAUUCAAAACUUUGCCAAGAGUGCCCUGGUAAAGCCUGUCACCAUCAAUGUGGGCCGUGCUGGAGCAGCCAGCCUUGAUGUCAUCCAGGAAGUGGAAUAUGUGAAGGAGGAAGCCAAGAUGGUGUACCUGCUCGAGUGCUUGCAGAAGACGCCCCCACCUGUGCUCAUCUUUGCAGAGAAGAAAGCAGAUGUGGAUGCCAUUCACGAGUACCUCCUACUCAAGGGCGUUGAGGCUGUGGCCAUUCAUGGGGGCAAAGACCAGGAAGAGCGGACCAAGGCCAUUGAGGCAUUCCGGGAAGGCAAGAAGGACGUCUUAGUGGCCACAGAUGUAGCCUCUAAAGGCCUGGAUUUUCCUGCCAUCCAGCACGUCAUCAACUAUGACAUGCCUGAAGAGAUCGAGAACUAUGUGCACCGAAUUGGCCGCACUGGGCGUUCAGGAAACACCGGCAUUGCCACCACCUUCAUCAACAAGGCCUGCGACGAGUCAGUGCUCAUGGAUCUCAAAGCCUUGUUGCUGGAGGCCAAGCAGAAGGUCCCACCUGUUCUGCAAGUGCUGCACUGUGGGGAUGAGUCCAUGCUGGACAUUGGAGGAGAACGGGGCUGUGCCUUCUGUGGAGGCCUUGGCCAUCGGAUCACUGACUGUCCCAAACUCGAAGCUAUGCAGACCAAGCAGGUCAGCAACAUUGGCCGCAAGGACUACCUGGCCCACAGCUCCAUGGACUUCUGAGCGUCUGUCUUUCCUCUUCUCCCCAAGAGUCCAGUCCCAGGACAUCAGCCAUGCACACAACAGCCAGCCCUCAAGACCAGAAGCCAGCCUCCUCAGCCCAGCUGGCCUGGGCAGCCCCAGUACCCUCAGAAUUAUUAUUUUUGUUCUCUUCCCCAGAUGCCAUUAAAGCACAAUCCCUUUUCCUGGA